AUGAAGUUCUUCGCUCUCCUCUCGGCCGUGCUGGUCUCGGCCGCCUUUGUCUCUGCUGAUGCCGUCGCUGCCGGUGCUGACGAGGGCCAAGUGCCCCAGAUGCUGACGCUCAUCAACCAGCUUGAGUCCGCCAACCCUGCCGACGCCGUGUUCCACAGCCAGCUGCCUCGCCUCGCCGCGCUCCACCAGCAGGUCGAGGAGCAGUUCGGCGAGUCGCAGGUGCGCAAGCUCUACGGCGACAACGCCAUUGCCGACAAGCUCGUUGAGCUCGUCAAGGGUGUCCAGCUCGACAAGCGCGAUGCGAGCCCCAAGAACAAGGAUAAGAAGAACGGCCACCACAAGGGCACCAAGACCAACCACGGUCAGGAGGUCAACCACCACAAGAGCGGCGAGAAGCACUCGACCGAGCACAAGCACAAGGAGGGCCACUCCCACGAGGCCACGGAGCCCAUGACCAAGCGUGCCGAGCCCAAGGAAGUCAAGCACCACAAGCACGGCAAGAAGCACUCCGCCGAGGAGCACAAGAAGGGUGAGAAGCACACCGAGCACGAGCACAAGAAGGGCGAGAAGCACACCGAGCACAAGCACAAGAAGGGCCACUCGCACGAGACCGCGAAGCCCGUCACCAAGCGUGCCGAGCCCAAGGAGGCCAAGACCAACCACGGUCAGGAAGUCAACCACCACAAGGACGGUGAGAAGCACUCCGCCGAGCACAAGCACAAGUCUGGCGAGAAGACCAACCACGGUCAGGAGGUGAACCACCACAAGAACGGUGAGAAGCAAUCGGCCGCACACGCGCACAAGAAGGGCGAGAAGGGUCACCACAAGGAAGGCGAGAAGCACUCGGCCGAGCACAAGAAGCAUCACUCUGACGAGGCGCAGAAGCCCGAGGACGACACCGAGACACCCGAGACCGUCUCCAAGCGUGCUGAGCCCAAGACCAACCACGGUUCCACCGUCAACCACCACAAGAACGGCGAGAAGCACUCGGCCGAGCACAAGCACAAGAAAGGCGAAAAGUCUAACCACGGCUCCACCGUCAACCACCACAAGAAUGGCGAGAAGCAGUCGGCCGCCCACGCGCACAAGAAGGGCGAGAAGCACCACGCCAAGCCCACCAAGAAGGAGCACAAGAAGCCCGCUCACAAGCACCACAAGACUUCGAGCGCCGCCGCCGCCCAACCCACCGCCUAG